AGCUCUCUCCGGCCAGGAGAGGCGUCGCCGCUGCCCGCGCAGCCCCUGAGCAUGUGGCUGAAGUGGAAGGAGCCCAGCCGAUCUUGCCAUCUGCAGCUCCGCGCUGCUGAUCUCGGCUAAGGAGGUUGGGGGAAGCGGGCCAGAGGCGGGCGGCGGCGGCGGUGGAGGAGGAGGGCGGGGUCUUCAGGUGCUCAGCACCGUCCUUCGCUCGCUCCGAGCCAGACGCCGUUGGAGAAGUGCGAGGCGGCAGUUGGGCGGCGAGAAGUCGCGGGGAACGGAUCGGGUCCCUGCCAGUGCACCCUCGCGGAAUCCUCCGCCGGCAAGAGCGGGGCGCGACGCCGCCAGCCCUUCCUCGGAAUCCCCUGCAUGCCUGGAUCCCUCGGCUGCCGGAGGAAGAGCCAGAGGCCGGCGGGCUGGAGGACCUCCGCUUUGAAGCUGCUGCACUCACCGCUGGGCAGUACUACCUCCUACCUCCCCCCACCACACGCACGCACACAUUCUAGGUUGGGCGCCCCGAGGGUCGCGCGAAGGGUCCAGAGAGGGAGAGAUGCAAACGGCGACUGCCUCGAUCCUCGACGUUUCAAGGACGGUGGUGAUCCGCGAGGACGGCAACCAUCCCCAGAAUAACUACACGGGACAAUGCAGCCGAAUAUUCCCACCUCACCUUGGCACAUCACAGAUAAUCCAUGGCAAUGGUACCACCGUUGGCACAGUAAUAACAUUCCAGUGUUCUGCAGAACACCAGCUGAUUGGACAAGGCGUUGUCACAUGCAUUUGGAAAGGAAACAGCACACAGUGGACAGCAGACAUUCCCUCUUGUAAACCUGUAUCCAAAUACGAAACCUUUGGAUUUAAAGUUGCCGUCAUUGCCUCCAUUGUGAGCUGCGCCAUUAUUCUGCUGAUGUCGAUGGCUUUUUUAACCUGCUGUCUUAUCAAGUGUGUUAAGAAAAGUGAGAGAAGAAGAGCUCAAAGGGAUAUGCAACUAUGGUACCAGCUCAGAAGUGAAGAACUGGAAAACAUGCAAGCGGCUUACUUUGGUUUUAAAGGCAGAAAUAACAACAAUAACAAAAUAAAGAAUAAGCCAGUAUUUGAUGAUGGUAGUAAUAUGGCGUAUGACAACCGAGGCUUCUGCAGCUUCCAUGACGAAUGGGCUGGAGGCAUCACAGAGACCGGCUGUUUUGGAGAAAACGAUUUACACAGCAAACCAGCCAAACCCAGCAGUUCACUUGGUAGACAGCUGGGACCGGGGCAUAACGUUGCCAUACAUACCAUAAGUACGAUACAUGUUGUCGAGGUCUAUGGGCAUGAAAAGGAACCGCAGGGGACAAUGGAUACUCAUUUACCUGGAUAGGCAGUCUCAUAAACGCAACGAAGGAUUUGCUGGACCAAAGCCAAAUGUGAAUAGAGAUACCUGCUGAAUGUGCCUUAAAACACUGUAUAGAAAUGAAUCACUGCAUUGUUCCCAUGUAUCAGUUACAAUAAACGUCAGAAUAUCAACAGAUUUAACAGAUCUGACAAAUGUUA